AUGUAUAUAAACAUAUGCUAUUGCUGUACAGAUUUACUGUACAUCGCCAGCAAUUUAACUACUCCCAGUGGGGAACUUGCAGCCUUCUAUUAUGCGUCUGCCUCUACACCAACGGAUCCAGCUAUGUCACCGAUUUCAAAGAACCUAGGUGAGGCGUUACGAAACCUUAUAGUUAAUGCACAAGUAAACGUGCUUUAUUCGUUGGAUUGUAACCAUUUAUUAACAAUGUAUGAAUAUAUGGCACGAAUAUUAAUUUGUCCGUAUUCGGAAAACUAA